AUGGCAAAUAAAUACAAAUUCGACAAGGGUAAGUUUAUGAAAAAUAACAUUUAUGUUGCUAAUGGAUAAACUGUAAUUAUUGAUAAGUAAUACAUACAAUUCUAUAAGCUAUUUUAAUAUCUGAUAUGGUGACCAUAUAAUUUACAUUAGUACAUUUUGAUGAUGCUGUCACUAACAUAAUGCAUUAUCUGUUCUGUCAUAGCAUAAUGGUUCGGUCAUACAGUAGACAAAUCUGAUCAGCUAAUGGUGGUAAUGUAUUUGUAUAUGAUGCAUUUAGACAAUUCAAUAUUUUGAUGUGUAGUGCAUUUAUGUUAGAUAAUUAUGUAAUUUGUCAAACAACAUUUUUGUUCAGGACAGAUACCUGAAACUCAUGUGUUUGUCUUACCAAAAGAAUUUCUAAUUUUUCUGUAAUUGGUAUAAGCAUUGUAAAAUAAUAAAACAAAAUUGUUUACUUCCUCCCUUCUCAAUUAGCAUAUAUGUGAUUAGCUUAAAAAAUGUAUUUUUCUCAUAAUAGAAUGUAUUUUGUAUUAUAUGGUAACAUUACAUUGUAAAAAAUGUUCAUUGAUGUGUCUUGAACAUCUUGCAUACCUUAAUUUUGAAUUAAAAUUAUUAUAUUUUAUACAGUUUUGUUACUUUAAUUAAUUUAAAUCAACACUCUAAAUGUGUUUCUAUUUCAAUUACAUAGAGAAAAAUUAAUUAUAUCAAUAUUAAACUGUUAUAAUAUAUUUAACAAGGUAACACACAAAUUUAAAUUAUUUUGUAUCAAGAUAAUUAAAAUAUUGUACUUUAUGAAAUAAUUAAAUUAUCUUAAGUGAAUUUUGAAAAUGUGUGAUUAUGUUGUGUUGAAAGGUUAACUAUUUUUUUUUUUUUUAAUUAGGUGAUUGUUUAUUGUGUUAUGAUGGAAUGCUGUUAUAUGAAGCAAAAUGCUUAGAAAGGAGGAAGAUUAAAGGAAUAAUACAAUAUUUUAUUCAUUACAAAGGUUGGAAUAAAAAGUGGGAUACUUGGGUAAACGAAGAUAGAGUUAUUAAAGUUAACUUUGCCAAUAAGCGUAAAAUGGAAUUAUUAAAAGAAAUACAGUAAGUUAUAUGAAAUAAAUCACCUUUUAAUUAGAUACCUAAUAUAGUUUAUGAAAUAAGUUUAUUUUAAUUUUCACGAAAAAUAGUUCACCCUCAAAAAAGAAUGCUGUCGCUAAAGAAAAAACUGUUCAAAAUACUACAUCCACUGUAAAAAAAAUAAAAAUCAAAGGUCAAGUAUUUGAAAUUUCUCCACAAAAAUUCAUACCAAGAAUACGAGGCAAUUAAUUUAGUUUUUACUAUUUUGAACUUUUAUUUUAUUUUAAUUAUUUAUCAUUACAAAAUUUGCUAUUUAUUCUACUUAGGCAUUCCUCGACAAAAUGUUGUCCCUCAAAUGCAGAUAAAAAAAGUAACAAGAACCUCAGAAGCAACUGAAACAACUAAAUUGAUAGGAUCAACCAAAAAAAUGCACGGAACUGAUGAAAUUAAUGUUAACACUGCUGCAUUUGUUUGUACAUCUGCAACUAAUGCCAGUGUUGGGACUAAAAAAGCAAGUGAUAAAGAAUCAAUUGAACAUCAAGCAUUAAAAGUGAAUUUUGCAAAUAAAAGUAAAGUGGAAGUUCUAAAAGAAACAAAGUAAAUAAUAUAAAAUAAAUUAUAACAAAUUUAUUAUAUACCUUAUAUAGUUUAUUAAAUAAGUCUAUUAAAAUUAUGUUAUCAGAAAAGUACUGGAAAAUGUAAAGUCAAAAAAAUCUGAUGAAUAUAAAGCUCCUCCAAAGAAAAGAAGAAAACUAAAAUUGAUCUCAUCAAUUCCUUUAAAAAAAAUGCUGGCUAUGGAUGUUGACAAUAUUGUAAGAGGCAAAGUAUGUAUUGAUUAAUUUAUACACUUUUCAAAUGUAUAAUUUUGUUUACUUUUUGUUAGGUAUUAAAAUUUCCAGAAUAUUUUACAGUUGACACAUUGAUUCGGAAUUAUAUUUAUAAUGCAGACCCUGAAACACGGUAAUAAUUUAGUUUUAUAGGUAUAAUGAUUUUCAAACUUUUUAGAGGAUGAUAUUCUUUUUAUAAUCAAAUUCAGUCAGUAUCCUGCUAUAUACUCUGGUAGACAAAUAAAAAUGAACAUUAUUUUCUCUUGGUAUCCUAUUGAAAAAUACAAUAAAAUAUUACAUCACCCAUAUUGUAUUAGUUUUAUUAAAAUAUGGGUCUUUUUGUUUUUAUCAUUGCAAACAAUUUUUAAAACAGAAAUCUUGCUCCAAUAAUUAAUUUCAGAAAUGUUUUUUAGUUAUUUAAAGCUAUUUUAAUUAAUCAUUUUUUCAGUUAUAACUAGAGACCAGAUUUAUAUUUUUUUAUAAUCCUCAAAAAGCCGCUUAAAAACACCAAAAAAGCAUUUAUAAUCAUUUAAAUGUUAAAUGAUAGAUAGGUUUUUAAGCCCCCCUCUAAUGACUCAAAGUUAUUAAAUUAAAUGUCCUAAUUUUACAAAAAAUUGUAUUCAUAAAUUAAAUCUAUUAGAGGGGGACUAUUAAACCCCUCUAUUAUUUUUGUGUAUUUAUAUAUUUUUUAGGUCAUUUUUUUCAAUACUUUUUGAUGUUUUCAAGUAUUUUUUUUGUAUAUUUUAAGAACAUAAAUUUGGCUUCUAGUUAUAACUUGUUAGACUUAUAAUUAUAACCAAACAUAAAUUAUUUACUUAUUCUAUAUAUGAAUAAUUUUUAUUUGCACCAGUUAAUAUGCUUAAAUAUUUGAUACAAUUUUAAUUUUAAGUUGGGUAAAAUAGAUUAAAAAAAUUGUGGUCAUUUAUGUUUACAUUAAUUUAAUGAAAAGUAUAAUAUUCAAUUUAAAUAUAUCCAAAAGUGUUCUUCAAAAUUCUGGUUUUUGUUUGUAAUGUGUAUAUGAAUUAAAUUAUCUUAUAUAUCCUACCUCUUCAACUGCCCACUAUCACUGUGGCUUUUAAGGAAUGACCACAACAUUUUAUAAUUUUUAAUUUAUUAUUGUUAUAGAAAGGAUGCAACUACAAUGGGUCUAUCCCUUAUCAAAAUGUUCCAAUCAGUAAUUGACAAGAGACAUAUAUUUUACCCUAAAGAGAUAAAGUACGAUUUAUCCAAAAAGGUAAUUUAUUUAAUACAUGUGAGGUAUGUUCCUUCACAUGGUCUCCUAUUUUUUUAGUACAUAUGAAUGAUUUCAUUUGGACAUAUAUUACUACUUUGACUCAUUGGCCGCUUGUAUUUAUUCUUAAAAGCUCAAAACUAAUAUCAGGACAUGUUAUGUACCUAUAUUGUGGGUAAAUUGAAUAAAUAGUACAUAAAAAAAUAAAAAAAAUCUGUUAUAGCUUAUCUAACUGUUAUCUAACUUAAAUAGUGUGGGGAAUCACAUACAACUUAUCUCUACAGGAAAUGAGGCAUUAUCUCAAAAGUUUUCUACUGGUCAGGUAUUGGGUAAUACAUUAGGAAUCUUCUUCCCGGUGAACAUCAUCAUCUGACAUCGAAAUUCAUGUUCUUCUUCUUCCUCCUUUAUGGUAUUGUCAUUUCAAAUAUAUAAAAAGAAAAAUGUCAUGGUUGAUUGUCUUGUGGAACAAGGUUGAGUGGAGAGCUAACUUCAUAGUGAUUGUGUUAGUGAUCAUUUUAGAGUUGGCAGUAGAGAUGGGUAUUUGGAUAUCUUCUGAUGUGAUGAUAGGCUGUAGCCUUAUAUAGGUACUUAUAGGUACUUUUGUAAAAAUUUGCCUGUGAUGAGGGGAGAGUCUUGUUAUUUUAAAUGUUACUAGUACUAAAGUAAUACUCUAAUACUUUAUAAUAUUACUGAUUUUUAAGUAAUGCUUUGCUAAUUUUAAUCUUUAUUUAUAGUAGGGAUAGUUGUCUACAUUUCUACCAAUGUUUUCCCCCAAAUUUUGGAGAUUUUGGUUUUUGUUAUAUCGUUAUACUUUUUAACUGGAUACUAAAAAUCCAUUAUUUUUGAAGAUUAAUUCCAUUUAAAUACAUAAUUAAUCUGAUUGAUUAAUACAUUUAUUGCAAAUAAAUUAAUUAAUUUUUACUUUACCACAAAAAAAAUGAAUUUUUAGAAUACAUGUUCUUUGUAGUAUAAAAGGGAAAAAUAAAUUUACUAGAGUAGAAGUUUAUAAUGCUGAAAUCACAAUAUUUUUUUUAAUUUCUUGUUAUUAAACUUCAACUUUGAUUUUUUUUUUUAAUAAGAAAUCAUAUUAAAAUUCCAUAAAAAUUAAAAUAAAUUUUAAUGUUGAUAUUUUAAAUUGUUGUCAACUUUUUCAUGAGAUAUUCCACUUAUCACUUUAGGCAGGAGAAGAGUAGUGGAACAUUAUUCAAAUACCUGGUACUAUGCCACUAUAAAAAUUAUGCUCCAUUACAGACUCUUAAACUACACUACUAAAUUCCCAAAAUCAGUAUUUACAUGUAUAAAUAAAUGUCUAUUUUUUUUUAUUGUUUUAGGCCAAGGAUCACUAUCUUAAAAAAUUGGAAUCUGGAUCAAUAGAAGGACAUUCCUUGAAUCGCCAUGUUCAUAAAAAUGAAUAUUGGCAUUAUACAUACCAUCCUACAUAUCUUUUACGAUUACUUGGUAUGUAAAACUUAUAUAUACCAUUUUAAACACAAUUUUAUGUUAUUUUAUCUUAUGAGUGACUAGUUGUCCCCUUGAUGUUACCCUUGCUAAAAAAAAGUACAGUCAAACAAUAAAUUAAGUAACCAGUUUUUCUAACUUGUUAGUUGUGGUCAAUUUUAAAGUUCCUAUUACUGACUAUAACUAACUUGCAUACAUUUUCUCUUUCUCAUAAUUCCUAUGUGUGCUACUUACUAUUUAUAUAAUAAUUUCUGCAAAUGAUGCAAUUAGCUGAGGCCCAGCAACCUAAAAAUGUUUACUUUAUUUAAUUUAUUAUUGUUACUUACAUUAUUCUAAUAUUUUGAAAUUUAUCUAUUCAAGAAUUUAUUUAUUGAUUCAAGUAUUUAUUUAAGUAUACUUAGUAAACUUUUAAGUACCUGUUAUGUUAUGUGUUUUAUAAUAUACCAAAGAGAGCUCAUUAAUUAUAAUUAAUGAAUAUAUUAACUACUGAUUAUUGUGCAAUGCAUCAACUAUUACAGCUCUUAUACUUUUUAUUUAAUUUUUUUCAAUUUCAUGUGAAUCACCAAGGUAAUCUACAAUCAACAAAAAUAAUUUGAAUUUUGUACCAAAAAUAUCAAUAACUAUGUGUGAGACCCCUUUUAGGAAGGAUUUGGAGGAAAAUGUAGCCUAUAAGUUAUUUCUGGUCUAAAAUUACUUUUAUGCAACAUUCCUGAUUAAUCAAGUCAAUAGCCAAACUAACUUACACAUUUAAUUUUACUGUGGGUUAUCUUUAGGAGAUAGACAUAUAUCAUCAUUUAUUCAGUCCACCUUUUUAAGAUAACAUAUAAUAAAUUCUGUAGUACAUUAUAUUAAUGUAUUUCAUGUAAGUGAAAAAUUUAUUUUUUUUAAAUCUACUUUCUUAAGUUUUCUAUAAAUAAAACAAUAUGAAAAUUGUAUUAUACAAAAACCUUCAGGAAGAAAAAAAUUAUCCAAAUGAAAACCAUAUCAAACUCAGUUGCAUAGUUUAAAAGAGUAAAAUUCACAAACAAAUAGAAGAGAAUAGCAUUGUUAUAUUUUAUUUAGAUAUUUUAUAAUUAUUUAUGAAAUAUUGAAUAUAAAUCACAUCUUCUUGUGGUUUUUAUUACUCUCUAAGAGUUUUUGCCAACAAAACUUCAUUGCACCACCUUUCACUGUCAAGUGCCAGUUCUAUCCAUGUGUCAAUUUCCAUUUCUUUUAAGUCUUUCGCUGAAUCCAUCCAUCUUUUCCUAGGUUUUCCUGAGGUUUCUUUCCAAGUGGUUUCCACUCCAUUACUGACUUGACUAUAUUAUUCCCCCAUUUUCUCAUAAUGUGUUCAAGCCACUGUAGUCUUUAUACUUUAAUACAGCUGGUCACUGAUGCUACACCAACCAUUUUGUACAGUUUCUUUCAGUAUCUUCUCCAACUAUCCAUUGCUACAUCAUAGAUGGGGCCACAUAUUCUUCUCAGGGUCUUAUUUUCAAAAGUUUUCAGCCUACUUUUAAUUUGUUUGGUUAUUGUCUAUGCUUCACAACCUUAUGUUAAUGUUGGUCUUAUUAUUGCAACAUGAAGACUUGCUUUGGUCUUUCUUGAGAGUUAGAUCUGAAGAGUUUUGUCAGUGCGAAAAACGCCUUUUCCGCCUUACAUAUCCUAAUACCUAUUUCCUUGGUCCAGUCAUUUUUUAUACUUAGAGUUGCACCUAAGUACUUAAAGUCUUCUACUUUAUUUUACAAUAACUGUUCUGUGUCCCCAGGCUUCAUCAUAUUGAAGUAGUUCCAUUAUUUUAGUUUUAUUAUUGUUAAUUUGAAGACCUAUAACUUUUGCCACAUUAGCAAGCAGUCUGGUUGUGGGUAAUGCGUUUUCUAAGGAAUUGUCUAUAAUAUCAGUCAAGUCAUCUGCAAUUCUGAUAAUGUUCAUUGUACUUUGGUUUAUUUGGAUAUAACAUUCAUUGACUCAAAUUUCUCUUACCACUUUCUCUAAAACUAGAUUGAAAAGCACUGGAGAUAGAGAGUCUUCUUAUUUCAAUUCUGUGUCCUCUGAGAAAGGUGACCACAAGACCACAAUUCGUUAUCCACUUUCACCCUGUAUUUUUUUUCUUCCAUGUACAUUCUUGUUAGGGUCAUUCAGGGUUUGGACACAUACUGGUUGAUAAUAUCUUAAUCAUUUUCAUAACAAAUUAUUAAAAUAACUCAAUUUGCUUUGUGAUAUUUGUUACAAUAUGGACAAUGGGUAUUAUAAAUUGAUUAAUGCUCAGGUGUUAACUGUUUGUAAUACUUUUAUUUUAAAUAACUAUAAGAGUAGAUCUUAAUCAGGAGGAUAUUUAGAAUAUGACUACAGGAGUGUCAUCAUACAAUGAUAACUCCUCAACUUAAUCUAUGUUACGAGUGUUAUUAUAUUAAUAUUUUGCUUUCAUUUUUAGAUAGCAUACCAAAAGAAAAGGCUAGCAAAAUGAUGGAACAUUUUUUGAUGUAAGUGUACAUUUUUUACUUUUUUAUUGUAUAGUGUAGAUCAAUGGUUACCAAAUGGCAGACUGCCAACUUGGUAAUUAUAAUUCACAAAUUACUUAAUUCUUUAAACAAACAUUCUGAAUAUAAGUCAAUAUGAAAUCAACUACUUUAUUUUUAAUGAUCAAAGAUCAUAAACUUUUUCCAUACCCUUUCCUAUAAUUUUGACAUAUGUAUUAUGAAAUAUAAAAUUUAAAAAAGGGGUAAUAGUUUUGAUAAUACAUUAUAACUUUUUUUUCAUUUUUAUAUUGUUUAAUAUUUAUUUUUCAGGUUUGUGGAAAAAAAUCUUGAUCUGUACUUCAGUGAACAGGAAUACAUUGAUAUGUUUUGA